GUGACGUGCGCAUGCGCUAGGUGUGAAGAGGAAGGAAACAACAUGUCGAUAGAAGACCCAUUUUUCGUUGUGAAGGGGGAGGUGCAGAAGGCCCUGUCUCGAGCUCGGGGCCUGUUUGAUAGAUGGGAGGAGCUGUUGCAGGAGGGGACACAGGUGAGUCGAGAUGAACUAGACUGGAGCGCCAACGAACUGAGAAACUGUCUGAGGGCCAUAGACUGGGACCUAGAGGACCUCAGUGAAACCAUCAGCAUCGUGGAGUCAAAUCCAGGGAAGUUCAGACUGGGUGAUAAUGAACUUCAGGAGAGGAAAGAUUUUGUGGAGCGAACCAGGAAGUCUGUCCAGGAGAUGAAGGAUCAGUUGUCCAGCCCUUCCGCUGUGGCUCAGGCAGAGAAGAAGAACAGACAGGCUCUGCUGACUUCAUCGGGCCAGGACAGGUCAACAGGACUGGAGGCUCAUCUGGUGUCUGCAAACUCCAGAUACAUCCAGGAGCAGCAGGAGCAACAGCAGUUGAUCAUGCAGGAGCAGGAUGAGCAGCUGGAGUUGGUGUCGGGCAGUAUCAGAGUCCUCAAAGACAUGUCUGGACGGAUCGGAGACGAGCUCGAUGAGCAGGCCGUGAUGUUGGGGGAUUUUGGAGAUGAGAUGGACCAGACAUCGUCCCGCAUGGACUCUGUGCUGAAGAAGCUGGAGAAAGUGUCUCACAUGACCAGCAGUCGGAGACAGUGGUGUGCCAUCGGUGUCCUGGUCGCCAUCCUAAUCGUGGUCCUCAUCCUCUUCUUCGCACUCUGACAUAAGCAGUCUAUGACCUCUCGACCCCGUUCACAGACUCCUCCCUGUCUGGAUGGCUGGACGGUUACAGAGCCCCUCCCAUCACUCCCUUUCUUCGUGCUGAGGGGAAGCUGGUGAUCUGCAGGCUAUAGAGAGGAUGGAUCCUCCACUCCACUGCAGCCAUUCUAGUGGGGAGGGCGCUGCUGGUCUCUCAGCAGCACAGUUUAGCACGGGGAGGCGGGGGGGGACCCUGGUGGUAUUAUGUCUUUUAUUUUGAUGCAUUUUGGUUAUCAUUGGAGUUAAAGGUACUCGGGGAGGACUGCUCCUGUUGGGUUAAAAUCACAAAUCUGCAAAAGUUUGCUUCAUUUUAAGCCAACAGCAGUAGCAUGGGGGAGGAUUUUCAGUGUUGCCUUAAAUCUAUUUUUAUACCAUGUUGAAAUGUGCAGUUUGUUUGUGUGCCUAGAUGUAAAUCAUGCUGGGAACUUACUCCUUACUAGCAGUAAUCAGCAUCGGGCAGGUGUGCAGGUUUUCCCUCCACUCCAACACAACAGCAGCUCACUCCACUGAUGAAGAGUUUAGUAAAAACUGCGGCUGAGCUGUGUGUGUGUGUGUGUGUGG